AAAUAUCCCUCUCUUUAGUGACAUGUUGCAUCAAUUGAGUCAUUAUCUGACAGUCGAUACGAUGGCGCUCCCGUCGAGUCCGCUGUUGGCCGAGAGCCGCGCGCUCAUCGACUUGCUGGGCUACGUGGACACCGAGUACAACUCACCCGCGAGUCAGCAGCAGGUACAGGCGCAGAUCCGUGCGGAGAUGGCGACGUUUUCCCCGCCGCAGGACAAGUAUCUGGCCUAUUUGCCGUCUUACACACCCACUUUCGGCGGUAGAGCGCGACUGCAGACCGAGUUCAAGCGUGUGGCGGCCAACGUACCUUUGGAUGCCAUCGAUAUGAACCGGUACCAGGUCAAGGAGCCUACGGGCAAGCACGUACAGAGUCUGGAGUCCUGGGAGAGUGCUGUCAAGCAGCUCCAAGUGGCCGUAGAACACCAGAGAAAUAGGGUGGUGAAUUUGGAGCUGCAGCAGGGCUACGGUACCAAGCUGGCGAAGGUGCGUGCUGCCGUUCUGGACGGCAUUAACGCGCAGUACGAGCGCACAUUGAAGGAGUCUAAGGCGGCCUCGGAUAAGAUCAACUUGACUCGGCAACAAGACCAAUCACGCAACGCCAGUAAACUGCAAAAUUACCGGAGCAAAUACUACGAGCUGCUCUCCAAGAACGCUGCAAUCAAGCGGGCUUGCGCUGAGCAGGAGCGACAGCAGAAGAAGAUUAAGACGGCUUGAAGGACCCACUUGUCUGCUACUCUUACCCAAGAGACCUAUUGCAUUCGUUCCGAUAAGGUUAACACCGCUGAAUCUCUUGCGUUUAUCGAGCAUUUUACGUUUUUUUAGGGAGAAUUAAAGACGAAAAAUGAAGAAUCUAUGCAAACCUCGCCAUUACAGAAAACGAGGCAGUUAGAGGCAA